AUGACUAAGAAAAGGAAGUUAGUAGAUAGUGAGACAAUUGCAUUAACGGAAGAAUGUAGUGCCAUCAUACAAAAUAAAUUGCCACCAAAGUUGAAAGAUCCAGAGAGUUUCACAGUUCCUUGCACUAUUGGUAAUGUAGAAUUCUCUAAAGCACUAUGUGACCUGGGUGCGAGUGUUUCAUUGAUGCCUUUAACUGUAGCUAGGCAAUUGGGGUUGAAAGAAUUAGAACGUACUAACAUUUCCUUGCAAUUGGCUGACAGGUCUAUUAGACAUCCAAUGGGCAUAUUGGAAAAUGUGCUCAUUAAAGUGCAAAAAUUUAUUAUUCCUGUUGAUUUUGUUGUUUUAAAUAUGGAGGAGGAUGUCAAUGUACCUAUUAUACUUGAUAGACCAUUUCUGGUCACCGCAGGUACAAUAAUAGAUGUUAAACGUGGUAAGUUCAAGUUCCAAAUUGGUGAAGAGGAAGUGGAGUUUGAUUUGAGUAAAGUGGAGAAGUAUCCCUCUUUUACUGACCAUGUUUAUUCCGUUGACAUAUGUGAUAAAUGA